GCUAAGCAGUUACGGAAGGGCGUGUUUUCCGACCCCUGCACACCUCUCGCUCUUCCUUUCACGUGCGCGCGUCGUUGAGACUCUGGCCCUUGGCGUGCCAUAGACCCCCAGCACUAGAAGCAUGCGCAGAGGUGUCGGGCGCGCUACCCGCCGGGAGUUGUAGUUCUUGGGCAUUGCAGGCGUUAAGGAGCCACCCGGGCGCAGGUUGGAAUUCUGGUCCAGCCAGGUCUUUGCGAAUAGACUCCUGGGCCUAUUUACACUCCAUUGGGUAUUGAACGACAGGAAAAGGCGGUGCAACCAGACCAGAGAAGUGAAUAAAUGUGAAGGCCUCGGUAGCCAGCCGCGUCUCUCACUUCUACAAUCUAAAACUUCUGCAUGUUGUAGUACCUAGAGGAGUGGAGGAAUUGGCCACAUUGGGCCCCUAAGAAGUGGGGAUGUGUGAUUCCAAUGGCCGGAAGUUCUCUUUCUGGUUGAAUUUGUUGUUCAGAUCUUCCGCCGCGUGAUGGUGGCAAGUGUCUCAAGAAUCCUUGCUCCUAAAUUCCGCUCCUAUCUCAAAAAUGGCUUGAGACGCUCAGUGUGGUUUUUGCAUUGACGACAUGAAAAUAUUUGAUCGUUUUCACGCAGAUUGGGCUUUCUGUCCUUAAUCCGCAUGACGUGACGACUCUAGGCUUCAGCCUAACACUUUCUUUAAAUAUUUCCCAAUUGGAAAACAACGUGGUACAGCUGUUACGGAGUUCUAAAAGCACCUUUGCUUCAAAUUGAGCUAUCCCACUCAGCUGCAAACUAUAUUAAUCAGCACUGCAUCUUCUGGAACAAGACUGAAUAGAGACCAGUAUGCUUCACUUCAUCCAGAAAUUUUCUGGAGCCUCUUCAAAGCUGCUGAAGUACCCUUUUACAGUGAGACUCAGAGCCAGCAGAAUAGAUGUACUUUCUUCCAAGACAUCGUUUCAGCAGAACCUUUCCCCUUUGUCGCCAAGGACUUGGCUUUCGACAUCAUUUCAAGUGUGUAUGAACAACAUACAAUGCUAUCAUACAUCACCAUGCAACUUUAAAAGACAGCAGAAGGAAGCAGUUGUUCCCUCCAGGACACCAAGCAGCAUCACUUACCUACCUGAUAGCCCAAAGCCAGCAUUAUACAUAAGUCUGGUGGGGUUAGUCCCCUUUAUUGCUCCACCACUCACCAUGGUCAUAACAAAGUCUUAUAUCCCCAUAUUAGCGUUUACUCAGGUGGCUUAUGGAGCCGGUUUCCUAGCUUUCUUGGGAGGGGUUAGAUGGGGCUUUGCCCUGCCAGAAAGCAGUCCAGCCAAACCAGACUACAUUAACUUAGCUAGCAGUAUGAGUCCUCUUCUGUUUUCAUGGGUAGCUGUCCUCUUUUCUGAAAGACUCAGUGAAGCCACUGCCACAGUAAUAAUGGGUUUAGGUAUAGCAUUACACAAUGAACUUUUCCUUUUGCCACAUUAUCCCAACUGGUUCAAAGCCUUGAGGAUAGUAAGUACUUUAGUGGCUUUUUUCUCAUUUGUAGUCACUUUAAUACUUAAAAGUAUUUAUCCAGAAAAGGGGCCCAAAAGUUUUGGUGAAGUAGAAAAAUAAAACCACUUUGCUGUGGAAUAA